AGCGUUGGUCAUAAGCAGCUUGCAUACUAUUUCGUAUCCAAGUUUUUAAAACCACAAUUUUUCAGCGAUUGUUUCUAGCACCUAUCAGUUGCCGCUCUCUGAGACGUCUUGAGAGCAAGUCCCUUCCUUCAUAAUGGUUACCGCCACAGCUCUUGUCCUUAAGGCUGCGAAUUCAAAUUUUCAAGUUGAGCGCGUGGAACUGAAACGCUUGCAGCCAGAAGAGGUGCUUGUUGAACUACGAGCAACUGGUGUAUGCCACACAGACAUUUCUGUCCAACAGGGCAAGAUUGAGGCAGUUUUUCCAGUUGUGCUGGGUCAUGAAGGGGCUGGAAUUGUUAGAGAAGUGGGUGCCAACGUAGAUAAUGUUCAAGUUGGGGAUCAUGUGUUGCUAUCCUAUUCCUACUGUAACCAAUGCCGCCACUGCCAGAGGGGGAAAACAUACCAAUGCGUCAAGAUGGCAGAGCGAAACUUCGCUGCCUGCCGCCCAGAUGGCUCUUCGCCAAUGGAGUGGAGAGGAGCAUCUCUGCGUGGUUGUUUUUUUGGUCAAUCAUCAUUCUCGAGCGUUGCCCUUGUUCAAGCAACAUCCUGUGUGAAGGUCGAUAAAGACAUGCCCUUAGCAAGUCUGGCGCCUCUAGGGUGCGGCGUUCAGACAGGAGCUGGAGCAGUUUACAACGUCCUCCGACCAGUGGAUGCCGGCAUGCAAUCCGUGGUCAUCUUUGGAAUCGGCGGUGUUGGCAGUGCGGCUAUCAUGGCCGCCAAGGUCAUCAGUGAGGAUCAUGCUGGGAUCUUGACUACGAUAAUCGCAGUUGAUCUCAGCGAGAAGAGGCUUGAGCUUGCAAAACAACUUGGUGCCACGCAUGUUAUAAAUCCGUCCACGACUGAGAGCGUCGUUGAAGCCAUUCACAGGGUCACAGACCCAGACGGCCUCGAAGGAGCGAUUGACUGCACCGGGGUUGUGGCCGUCAUCAAUGACAUGAUUGUUGCUCUGGGCCCUGGUGGACGAGCAGUCACCAUCGGUGCGCCACCUGCAUCUGCUAAGAUGUCUAUCCAAGUAUUCCCGUUCAUAAAUGGCUGCAAAAGCUAUGAGGGUUCCAACGCUGGCAACAGCAAUUCGAGUGAGUUCCUCCCAUUCCUUGUUGAACUUUUCCGCCAAGGUCGACUGCCGAUUGAGAUGUUGCAAAGGCAAUAUAAGCCGACCGAAGUGAACGAGGCAGUCGCGGCCAUGUUGGAGGGCAAAGUGGUGAAGCCGGUCAUCCUCUGGCCAGAAGAGCAAAUUCAACUAGUGGGAAAUUAGGUCCAAAUGAAAUCAGGGAUGAGGAGGGUGAUAGUGAAU